AUGAAGUCCAACAUCCUCUUCGGUGUCCUUGGGAUGACUCUUGCUGUUGUUGCUGCUCCUACCGAUAAGGACAGCGGCUUCGGUAAAGGCAGCGGCCUCGGCAAGGGCGAGGGUUUUGGUAGUUUGGGCGGCAGCGGCUUUGGUGGCCUUGGUAGCUUUGGACAUGGCGAUGAUGAGGGAAAGGGGAAGGGGAAGGGUGGCUCCGGCAGCGGCUUCGGUGAUCUCGGGAGCUUCGGACAUGGGGAUGACGAUGAGGAAAAGGGGAAGGGAAAGGGAGGUUCCGGCAGCGGUUUCGGUGACUUCGGUGGCUUUGGACAUGGGGAUGAUGAGGGAAAGGGAAAGGGAAAAGACGAGGGAAAGGGCAAGGGAAAGGAUGAGGGAAAGGGAAAGGAUGAGGGAAAGGGAAAGGGCAAGGGCAAGGACGAGGACGAGGGAAAAGGAAAGGAUGAGGGAAAGGGAAAGAGUGGCUCCGGCAGCGGCUUCGGUGGCUUCGGUAGCUUUGGACUUGAGGAUGAUGAGGGAAAGGGCAAGGGAAAGGAUGAUGGCAAGUGGUAG